AUGUCGGGAACAGCGCAGGGACUGAAGGGUGCUAUGCGAAAGGCUUCAAUGUCGCGACCUACUGCCCAUAACGACGUCGAGAAUGGUCCGAAUGGCACGGCGAACCCUAACGAACGAUCUGCUCUAUUGAACCAUGUCGAUCAACAUGUACAAAGAAUUACAAGGACGAGCUCAGGCACACCAUAUGACAAGCAUCCUAAUCCAGCUGUGAGAUAUCCAGCCUUGGUGACGUCCACGAUCUGGAAGGUGCUGAAGACGAACUAUGUCAACGUGUUGCUGGUAUUUGUACCAAUUGGCAUAAUCGCAGGCGCAUGCGACUGGGAUCCAGUUUUACAGUUCGUCCUCAACUUCAUCGCGAUCAUCCCUUUGGCCUCGUUGUUGGCAUUUGCUACAGAAGAGCUGGCAAUCCCUCUUGGUCAGACCAUUGGAGGUCUUCUCAACGCAACUUUCGGGAAUGCAGUCGAAUUAAUUGUCAGCAUUAUCGCCCUUCGCAAUGGCGAGAUUCGCAUUGUUCAAUCGAGUAUGCUCGGCUCCAUCCUCUCGAACAUCCUUCUCGUCCUUGGUUGCUGCUUCUUCGCUGGUGGUCUGAGAUAUCGUGAACAAAGCUUCAACUCGACCGUAGCAAGUACAAUGUCUUCCUUGAUGGCUGUCGCAACUGCAUCAUUGAUCAUUCCUGCUACACUCUAUUCAGUUAUGGACGAUGGGGACCAUGAAGAAGGAAAGAUUAGUAUUCUUUCACACGGCACCUCGAUUAUCCUCCUGGUGAUAUACGUUGCAUAUCUUUUCUUUCAGCUCAAGACUCACGCAGACCUUUUCGAAGAGCCGGAAGGCGAACAGGAGGACCAAGGAGGACCCGAAGUCCUCGGCCCCUGGGCUGCAGGUGCAGCCUUGGUCUUGGUCACUAUCCUCGUCUCCGUUUGCGCUGACUACCUUGUCGACAGUAUUGAUGCCAUUGUCGAGAAAGCCCAUAUUUCCAAGACUUUUAUUGGUCUCAUCCUGAUUCCUAUUGUCGGAAAUGCUGCAGAACACGUUACGGCUGUUAUUGUCGCCUACAAGAACAAGAUGGACUUGGCUAUUGGUGUCGCCAUUGGUUCAAGCUUGCAGAUCGCUAUCUUUGUCACGCCUUUCUUGGUCAUCCUUGGCUGGAUGAUGGGACAGCCCAUGACUCUACAUUUCGAAACUUUCGAGACCGUUUCCUUUUUCCUGGCCAGCUUGGUGGUUAUUCUCCUGAUCCAGGAUGGCAAGUCCAACUACUUGGAAGGAUUACUAUGCUUGGGAAUGUACUUCAUCAUUGCCCUUGCAUUCUAUGUACUUCCAGACAACGCUAAAACUAGCGAUCUUGGAUCGUUGUUCGGCGGUCAUUAA